AUGAGCACAUUUGAGCUCCAGCUGACACUCUUCCAAACAUCUCAACCCCCAUCAUCAUCAUCAUCGUCGUCAUCGUCAUCAUCGUCUUCCUCUUCUUCCUCCUCAUCAUCAUCACCACCACCAUGUUCUCCGUCAAACAGAUGUAACGUCUUCUUCAAAAUCUGCCUAACCCAUCAGCAGCCUGUCAUGAAGUUAAAAAACUUUCCAGAGGCUGGGCCCGGGGGGUACGACUGCACCUUCGGUAGCACCGUCACGGACGUAUUGUGGCGGAAUAAUUCGUCUAAUAUGCACCACACUGUCAGACUGCCCAUCUCUUAUAAAUGGACGCACAAAUUCGCCUUGAUCAUUGAAGCUUACCACAUGGACGACGACAACAACCACAACAUCCAACAAGGACUUCUGCUCAAACUGAUACUUUUAAAAAAUGUGACGUCAGAGCAGGGAUGGAUAACCGAAUCUUUUCAUAACGGUUCCACAAAACUCGACUAUCGAUACCGACUUGUCUGCCUGCACAACAUUUACGGGCCCUUCUGUUCGAAUUCAUGCGUGGCUCGCGACGACAGCUUGGGACAUUACCGGUGUCUCAGGAAUGGGACGAAAUCCUGUCUGCAAGGAUGGACGGGAGAGUGGUGUCUCAAUGGUGUGUUGACAGCUUCUUGCGACAGAUGCAUUCACGGAAAAUGCACCGAGCCAAACACGUGCCAGUGUAGUUCCGGUUGGAUGGGAGCGCACUGCGACGAGUGCAUUCCCGAUCCGGCCUGCGUCCAUGGCACGUGCACUGCAAAAACUAAAUGCGUGUGCAAGCAGGGUUGGGGCGGUCCACUCUGUAACCAAGAUUUGAAUUUAUGCGCCAAGAAGCCGUGUCUCAACGGAGGCACGUGUAUGCAUAGAGGGGUGGGGUACUAUCACUGCGUGUGCCCCAACAACUUUUCGGGCACCAAUUGUGAGAGGCCCAUUGAUGAUUGCAACGUUAGGGCCAACCCUUGCUCAGGUCGCGGAAGAUGUUUGGUUAGCAGACGACAAUACAGAUGCACAUGCCAAGAAGGUUACGAUGGUUACAACUGCCAAGAUGAAGUUGACGAGUGUGCCAGCCAUCCAUGCUUCAACGGUGGGCGAUGCAUUGACGCUCUCCACAGCUUCCAGUGCAUCUGCAAACCAGGCUACGAAGGACCGACAUGCGAGACACAGAGUAAACGUUGUACUCCCAAUCCAUGCCUCAACGGUGCCGAAUGUCUGCAGCUUGCAGCAGACAACUUCGAAUGCCGCUGUCGUCACGGCUACCACGGACCACUUUGCCAGGACCACGUGAGCAGGUGCGCCGAACUUCCCUGCUCGAACGGAGCCAGCUGCGUCGAUCUCUUCAACACGUACAAGUGCCUCUGCAUGCCAGGAUUCAGCGGAGACAACUGCGAGGUGAGAAAGGAUCUGUGCGCCGGAAGUCCCUGUCUGAACGGUGGGAUGUGCAUCAGUGCCACGGAUUCCGUUCUGUGCAGAUGUUUGUCCGGUUUUCACGGAGAACGGUGCGAGUUU